AUGCCCCAUUCACGCUCAACGGAACGAACAUCCGAAUUCACCAGCUACGUUUGUCUGGGUUGGGAAUUGAACAUGAUGAACGACCUGACCCCCGAGCUGGGCAGGAGGAGACGAGCGGCUUGGGGAGCGUACAAGAGCAUCGAGGAUGUAGUGAAGAAGACCAGGAACACCCGGCUCGCUCACCUCUUCAACACCACCAUACUUCCUGCUUUGACCUAUGCUUCGGAAACCUGGGCAUUUCGCAAGCAGGAAGAAAACGCGGUGAGCGUCAUUAAACGUGCAAUUGAGAGAGUGAUGCUAGGAGUAUUCCGUUUCACGCAAGUGAGGGACGGGAUUCGAAGUUCUCUGCUACGUGAGAGAUUGAAGAAUAGAGUCGCGUUUGCCAACAAAAGUAAAAUAAGGUGGGCCGGACACGUAAUGCGCUUUAACGACAACCGUUCGACCAGAACCGUGAGUGACUGGGUUCCCCGCGAUAUUAAGCGUACUACAAGAAGACCGCCGACCCGAUGGUCAGAUUUCUUCAUGAAGUCCUUCAAAGAAAAGUACGAUGCUCUUCGUGUCCCACGCGAAAGGAGGAACCACUGGGCUGCUCUGGCACGCGAUCGGGACAAAUGGAAGGCGCCCGCUCGACCAGUUCGAAAAUCAACGGGAGUCAAGGUGAUCAAGGUGAUCAACGGGAGUCAAGGUGAUCAAGGUGAUCAAGGUGAUCAAGGUGAUCAAGGUGAUCAAGGUGAUCAAGGUGAUCAAGGUGAUCAAGGUGAUCAAGGUGAUCAAGGUGAUCAAGGUGAUCAAGGUGAUCAAGGUGAUCAAGGUGAUCAAGGUGAUCAAGGUGAUCAAGGUGAUCAAGGUGAUCAAGGUGAUCAAGGUGAUCAAGGUGAUCAAGGUGAUCAAGGUGAUCAAGGUGAUCAAGGUGAUCAAGGUGAUCAAGGUGAUCAAGGUGAUCAAGGUGAUCAAGGUGAUCAAGGUGAUCAAGGUGAUCAAGGUGAUCAAGGUGAUCAAGGUGAUCAAGGUGAUCAAGGUGAUCAAGGUGAUCAAGGUGAUCAAGGUGAUCAAGGUGAUCAAGGUGAUCAAGGUGAUCAAGGUGAUCAAGGUGAUCAAGGUGAUCAAGGUGAUCAAGGUGAUCACACCGCCAAAGCACAUAACCUGAAAGGUCAACUGCCUGAAGGGAGCAUGGAAUCUUUGGCAACAACCAUUCGUUUCGUCACGCUCAACUGCCGAACACUAUCGAGUGAACUCCAACAAGCCGCUCUAUCCAGACUUCUGCGAUAUCUCUGUGUGCCUUUUGCUGCACUGCAGGAAACACGCGUGAGAGAUCGGCCCGUCAUCAGCAUCGAAAAUUACACCGUAUACUGCGGCGAUGCUGAUGAGAACAAAGUAGGUGGCUGCGCGAUAGCUGUGAGGAACGACUACAAGAAUCUGGUGGAGGAAUUUGGCUCAACGUCGUCUAGAUGCGCCUUUUUACGACUGCGGGAUCGCAGAGGACGUAAACUCUGGAUCGUAAGUGCUCACGCACCUACGGAAACCGCUGAGGACAACAGGAAGGACGCCUUCUAUGAUGAACUCAAUGCGUUGAUGUCUAAAAUACCAAGCCAGCAGGUGGUUAUUGUCGGAAUCGACGCAAAUGCGAAGAUGGGACUCGAACAGCAAUCCGAUGUGCUAGGAAAAUGGUAUUAUCCAGCGGAGCGCACGUCGGACAACGGUGACCGUCUGGUCGACUUGUGCGAACAGACGGGUCUCAUCAUCGCUUCCACGUUUAAGAGGAAUCGUCGACGCCAUCAGCUCACGUGGCAGUUGUCAACCCUUUUAACACCUGAAGAGCAACGUAAGCGGAAGAUGAAGACUCUUAAGCUUCAGCUCGACUACGUUCUGGCGAGGAACAUUCCUUAG